AGGCGUCCCUUCCGUUGUGGCGGGGUGGGGGUGCGGGGGUAUUCGGUACGCGCAAGGCGGCUGGAGCAGCAUGGCGGAAGACGAGAGUGAUCAGGAGUCAGAGCGGCUGAGUGAAGAGCUGGAGGCGCUAGUAACGCCAGGACUUCCCACCGGUCUGCCGGCCUUUCUCAACAGCCAGUAUUACUGCCGCCGCUUCUGCCAGGUUGUUGAAGACUAUGCUGGAAGGUGGCAGGUUCCUUUGCCUCAGCUUCAGGUGCUUCAGACAGCGCUCUGUUGUUUCACGUCUGCCUGCGUGUCAUUCCCAGCUGAAUGUGAGCACGUACAAUAUGUAUUGAGUAGCCUAGCUUUGAGUUUUUUUGAAUUGCUGCUGUUCUUUGGAAAGGAUGAGUUCUAUGAAGAUCCUUUGAAAGAUAUUUUAGCUUCAAUCCAGGAAUGUCAGAACCUUCUAAAUCGAUACAGAAAUACAAACUUGGAACUAGUGACUCGCAUCAUUCGAGAUGGUGGCCCAUGGGAGAAUCCAGUAUUGCAAGCAAUUCUUAAAACAAAGCCUGUGUCACAAGAAUUAGUUAACAAAUAUUUAAGCUCUGAAAAUCCACUGUUCUUUGAACUACGUGCCAGAUACCUUAUUGCCUGUGAACGCAUCCCUGAGGCAAUGGCUCUGAUCAAAUCUUGCAUAAAUCAUCCCGAUAUCAGUCGAGAUCUAUAUUUCCAUCAAGCGCUUUUCACCUGUCUUUAUAUGUCACCAUUAGAAGAUCAGCUGUUCCAGGAGCACUUAAUGAGGACUGAUUGCAAGAGCGGAAUUGAGAUCAUCUGCAACACUGAAAAAGAAGGGAAGACUACCUUAGCCUUACAUCUAUGUGAAUCGUUCCUAGUCCCGCAGCUUCAAAAUGGGGACAUGUAUUGUAUAUGGGACUUAAUCUUCAUUUGGAGUAAACUGCAGCUUAAAUCUAACCCGUCAAAACAAGUAUUUGUCGACCAGUGCUACCAGCUUUUAAGAAUUGCUACAAAUGUCAGAGUAAUUUUCCCUUUCAUGAAGGUGAUUAAGGAUGAAGUUGGUGAAGAUGGCCUUCAGAUAUGUGUUGAGAUAUGUGGAUGUGCCCUACAGUUGGACCUUCGUGAAGAUCCCAACAUGAAAAGUCUUAUUUAUAAAACAAUUGCUCAUUUUCUGCCAAAUGACUUAGAGAUCCUCAGAAUAUGUGCCCUUUCAAUCUUUUUUCUUGAGCGCACAUUGGAAUCUUACUACACUGUUGAACACUUAUAUAAAUGUGCAGAUGAAGAAUACAAUGAGUGCACUAGUUCUGUUCAAAACCGUGUGCGUUUUGAAUUGCUCCCAAUUCUGAAAAAAGGUUUGUUUUUUGAUCCUGAAUUUUGGAAUUUCUUGAUGAUCAAGCAGAAUUGUUUAGCAUUAUUAGGGGAUAAAGCCUUUAUCGGUUUAUGUGAAAGUACACUGGAAAACUCUAUUGCAAGUACAGAGACGAUAGAGUAUAGGGCUCUGAGCGAGGAAUGUGUCUGUUCAACAGAUGUAAGCAACAGGGAGCGUGACCCCGAAGACCUCUCUGAAGCCCAGUCCAAAUGUAAUGCCAGAAAGAACCAUGAAGUUCUUGAGGCUUCUGAAAUGUUAGAUCAAACUGUAUUGAGGCAUUGCUGUGUGAUAUGCAACAAGGAAUUUCUUGGUGGUCACAUCGUGAAACAUGCACAAGCUCACCAAAAAAAAGGCAGUUUUUCCUGUGUACUUUGCACUAGGAAGUUCAGACAAAAAGGACUUAUGCUGAAGCACUUAAAGAAUCAUGUCAGGAAGAUAGAAAGGCAACAUCUUGCUGCAGUUCUUGAGGCUGGCCAGCAGGCUCCUGUGCUUAAUGAACUAGAAUGUUCUGGUGUUUCUCCGUCUCUUGAAAAUGGGAAUUCAGAUAGCUCCAAAGAUAAUGAACCAGAGACUGCAAUAGCUCCAAGUGCUGACCAGCUGGUCCAAGUGGAAAAGGAGCACGCAGAACAGGUAUUCAAUACAGUGGAAAACCAUCUAAAUGACCAGGAUGAUGCUACUGAAAAUAGCAGUGACAGUUGUUUCAAUAAUGUUGUUGAUGCUUUAAGUACAGAAAGUUUGCCUGAAGAUGAAGAGAGUUCCAACAGAGAGUUGCCUAUUAUGCACAAAGUGAAUGGAGCUUUUUGCCCUCAAAAAGACAUCGAUCCUAUGGAUGAGGAAGGCACCUUUAAGUGCCCUGCUAGUGGUUGUGCUAGAGUGUUUAAAAAGAUAAGAUUCCUCAAUAAACAUGCAAGAAAAGCUCAUCCAACUGAUUUGAAGGUGCAGGAGCAUAUAAUGAAAUGGAAUAAUGGAAAAUGUCGGUUCUGCCAGAGAAAAUUUGCUGAUUCCCAACAUUUUAUAGAUCACCUGAAGAGACAUGUAUAUCCAAAUGUUUAUUUUUGUUUACACUUUAAUUGUAAUCAGAGAUUUAAGCUGUCAGCUGAACUUGCAGAACAUACAAAAAGUCACAGUGUUUUUAAAGCUCAGUGUAAUUUUGCGGAAUGCUGUGAGCUCUUUGAGGAGCUCCCUUUGCUGUAUGAUCACGAGGCUCAGCAUUAUCUGAAUAAAACACUAGAAUGUUCAGAAGAUGCAAGUGAAAAAGAAUCUUCAGAUGAUCCUUCAGAACUGUGUAGUUACCAAGAUGAUGAUGAACCAGUUAAUGAAAAAGAAACUGUAGAUUUACCAAUUCCAACUUGGAAGUCAAGGAAGGAUUCUGCAGAACCAAAGACUUACAUUCAAAGUGUUGAGAAGAAAGCGAAUAAUGUAAUUCACAAUGGAAGUGAAAGUUUACCUGAGGGUAGCACUGCAGUUUUAAGUUCGGUAGACCAAAAAACACCUGUGUUGCACGCAAAGCCGGAAAACUGUAAUGUUGUCAGAGACCAGCUAGUCAAUGGGCACAAUGAACUAGAUCAGACAUCGUCAAAAUCGUCAGAAAUACCUUUGAACAGCAGAAUGGCAGAUGAAACAAGGACAGAAAAUGGGUCAGUGUUACCAGUUUUACAGAAUUGUCAUGAUGUACCACAAAAUAAUGCUGUUGCUGUGCAAGUACCUUCUAAACCAAAUCAGGCAACCGAGAAUACUUCCUAUGGUGUAAUUUUAACAAAACCCUAUUUUAGACCGUUGCCUCCAAGUUAUCUUGAUGAACGAUACAUUAGCAUGCCAAAACGUAGAAAAAUUUUGACUGAUGAAGUAAAUACUCAUUCUGAACAAGAUACAUUUUGUAGUAAAUCAACAGAAAGGUUUAGAUGUGGCAACUGCUUGACCAUCUACUGUAAUUCAGAAGCACUUGAGGCUCACCUUGCACAAAAGAAGUGUCAGACGCUCUUUGGAUUCGAUUCAGAUGAUGAAAGUGCCUGAUUCACUAUUGUGGGAAAAUCCUACCAAACAAGAAGUGGUGUAAGAAAACACUACAUGAAGAAGCAUCAGUCCGUUUCCCAGUUGGCCUUAAUCAUAAAGCAGUUUUGAAUUACUUAAAAAAAAAAGCAAACAACAAAAACCAAACCACAACCAAACAAAAAACCCAUCCAACAACCAAAAAAAAAACCCCAACCCAAACAAACCAUGACCUUGAUAAAAAGCACAUUUUUCUAGACAAAACUCACAGAGGAACAAGAGGACCUCUGCAGAUCCUGAGUCCAGAAAGGUUACUAUGAACUCCCCAAAGUACCAGUUACCUGAAAAGCCACAUCCAUUCCAAAUGUGUGAUUGAAGCUUAGCAGGCACAGUUUUUCUAGUACGAAAGCUUAGGGAAAAUCAGGCAUAUAGUUAAGAAUGCAGAGGUGUAAACCCAGUCAAUUCUGAAAGCUGCUUCAGUUGGAAAAUGUGUGGUUGAUGAACAUCCAUUCACACAGCUGGGGAGGAAUCGUACAAGAAGGUGUUGCAUUAUUGCAAUAUGCAGAACAAAUCUAUAGAGCAACCAUGCAUUCUGUUAAAAAAGUUUGAGUAUGUGAUUCCAUUAUCUGCUAAAAAAAAAGGAGCUCAUUUAAUAAAAUUAAAAGCCAAAAAGAGGGAUGUAGAAAGAAAUCUUAGGUGGAUGGAAUGCUCAGAGAGACUUAACACUUGGAAGUACAGAGCAUACCAGGAAAAGUAAGUGUAAAAUUUAUACACAGUGGAAAUGAGAUGUGUGCAAGUGAAGCCCUUUUCAAGGAUAAAUGCGUAUGUUAAGUGUUCUGUAAAACAUCUGCUGUAGAUGCAGGACAUGCACAGAUUGUGUGGCUAUAAACAGAAGCAGGUUGAAGCAAAUACAGAAUGUGAAGAAGGUUAAGCUUGCAUUACAGGACAGAGUUAAAACAAUUUUAUGCUAAUAACAAAGGUCCUUCAAUUGUUGGUGUGACUGAAAAGAGAUGGCUUUCUUUUUGGAGGGAAAAAAAAGGGGGGAGAGCAACAAAAGCAUAGCAUAUGUCAGGUUGGAAAAAAAAUCAGGAAGAGCCUAUUUAACACAUGUUGAUUAAUGGCAGUACAUUAAGUACUUAUUUUCUCCUUUUCUCUAGACAGUAAAUAUGUAUUGA